AUGCCGAUCCCACUGUCCGCUCUCAGUGGGCCACCCCGCGAUGCUGCUGCACGUCUUGCUGUGCGUCGCCACCUCCCUACCUCUGAGCGUGCGCACUUUAGUCAGUACAAGAGUGCUCAGACCUUGUACGACGCUGUAGUUGCGCGCUACUCCUCCCCUGCCACUGCUGCACUGAGCCGUCUCAUGCUUCCCUACCUCUUUCCUGACCUCUCUGCCUUUCCCACUGUCGCUGACCUCAUUACGCACCUCCGCACUAGUGACACUCGCUACCGCGCCGCCCUUCCUGCUGAGUUCUGCGCUAAGAACCCACCCCCCAUGUACAUCGCUCUCUACUACGUAGUCGCGCGCCUCUCUGACUCCCUUCGCGUCGUCAAGGACCACUUUCUCGCAGUCUGUCCCACCACCCUCACCGUCGACGUCCUCGAGAAGGCCCUCCUCGUAGCGGAGAAGAGCAUAGUCGCUGUAGGUGCUUCUCGUGGUGACCCUCGCACCCCCAUCUUUGAGGGGUGCUAUCCUUCCCCCUUGCUGCCCUCUGUUGCCUCUGCUGCUGCUGCCGACCUGCUUGGUCUUGAGUCGGUCGGCGCGGCGUCUGCCCCUAGUGGGAGACGUUGCUCCAGCAAGGGCAAGGGGGGCAAGGGCGCGGGUGGAGCUGGAGGGGGCGGUGGCGGUGGCGGCGGUGGCGGCGGAGGGAGUGGGGGUGGCGGCGGGACUAGUGGCGGGGGUGGUGGUGGUGGUGGCAGCAGCGGCGGAGACGGUGGUGGUGGUGCCAGCGGUGGUGGUGGAGGCAGCGGCGGAGGUGGAGGCGGCGGAGGUGGAGGCGGUGGAGGCGGCAGCGGAGGAGGCGGUGGUGGUGGAGGAGGUGGAGCUGGUCGGGGUGGUACCCAGCAGCGUAGCGGCGGUGGUGGUGGCCAGCGCUCGCAGCGGCAGCAGCAGCAGCGCUCGCGGGACAUCCCUCCGCCUCAGCAGCUUCGUGAGUGGUACGUUGGGCGUCAGAGGGGUGGGGGUACUGGUCCCUGCACCUACGUUCUUCGUUCCGGCGACCCGCGCGGGGCUGGUGUAGCGAUCUUUGAUCUUGAUUUUGAUGCUAUCCUUGCUGCUAUGUAUGCUGUGACUUAUAGUGAGGAGAAUGAGGGUUACCGGUGUUUCCAGCCCGACCCGGGCAUUGGUACUGCUGCGCUAGGUGCUUGUGAGGCUGCUGCUCUAGGUGCCAGUGCGUCUGCGCUCUCAGGUACUGCGUCGUCCUCGUCCUCCCUCACUUUCACACUUGACUCCGGGGCUUCUCGCUCCUUCUUUCGAGACCGCACUACCCUUACGCCGCUCGGCCGGCCGGUUGCAGUCUCCCUUGCUGACCCCUCUGGGGGUCCUGUCCUGUCUCACUUCUCCACUGUCCUCCCGUGUCCGGCUGCCCCUUCGGGCACCCUGUCUGGUCUGUACCUUCCCUCGUUCUCUACGAACUUGGUGAGUGGUGCAGCCCUGCAGGAUGCGGGGGUUCACCAGUUCAAUCCUGCGAGUCAGCGGGUGACCCACUGCACGGACGCACGGACAGGCCGACACCUGGCCACCUUCUCACGUCGGCCGGGGUCGAGUCUCUACACCCUGACCACUUCGUCUCCUCCUGUCCCUGCGUCCGGUCAGGUAGCUGCGUCAGGUCAGGUGCUUGCUGCUGCGUCCCGGUCAGGUCCUGAGUCUGCCCCCUGUUCUUGUCGCCUCCUGUCUCACGAGACUCUCCUGUGGCACCACCGUCUUGGCCACCCCUCCUUGCCCCGUCUUCGGAGCAUGGCUUCCCGUGUCCUUGUCUCUGGUCUUCCCCAGUCUCUCCCUCCUCUCCCCUCCGGGCCAGGACCUUCCUGUGUCCCCUGUGUCGAGGGUCGCCUCCGGGCUACUCCUCACUCCUCCCACUUCCCCCCGACAGAGGCUCCCCUGCAGACGCCUCACAUGGAUGUGUGGGGCCCAGCCCCCGUCCGUGGGCAGGGUCACGAGCGCUACUUUCUGUUGGUGGUUGACGACUACUCGCGUUACACCACAGUCCUCCCCUUGCGCAGCAAGGGUGCAGUCACUGAGGUGCUGAUCGACUGGAUCCGCGAGGCUCGUCUCCAGCUCAGGAAGAGCUUCGGCUCGGACUUUCCUGUUCUGCGUCUGCACUCGGACAGAGGCGGAGAGUUCUCUUCUCGCCUUCUGCGAGACUACUGUCGUGCACGGGGGAUCCGCCAGACCUUCACGCUUCCGGACUCACCAUAG